GCGUACAGCUGAGAUGAUGAUGGUCGCUUGCCUGCUCCUCUCCAGCAUCUGGACCAUUACAUCAGCCUCUGUGCAGGUGAUGAACAGAAGAGUCCAGUCGGUCCAGGCGGGAGGAAACGUUACUUUUUCAUGCCAGUCAGUCACAAAAGAAGAUGUGAUACAGGUGACCUGGCAGAAGGAGACGGAUGGGCCUGAAGACAACAUAGCGACUUACAGUACAAUGAACGGCCAGAAGAUAGCCAAGGGCUAUGUCAGCCACGUGAGCUUCGCCCACAGCGAGUUACAAGCCUCAGCCAUCUCCCUCCAUGGAGUCACCCUCCAAGACGAAGGAUGCUACAAAUGCAUCUUCAACACGUUUCCCUCGGGGGCUGUCACUGGCAGGAUGUGUCUCAAGGUUUACGCCAUCUUGGACCCCAAAGUGGAAGCUAAACUUAUACCCAAUCCAGAUAAAGCUGAGGACUCUGAGAAAGUGGUGGGGAUAAGCUGCUCAGCAACAGGGAAACCAGCUCCAAAAAUAACCUGGCACCUUCCCAGCAUCCUGCAGCAGAAGCCAAGGGAAUAUCACAUCAAGUUCAGCAACCAGACCGUGACUGUCAUCAGCAAUUUCACCCACACUCCUUCCAAAAUCCUCCAUAAGUACCCCAUCGCCUGUGUGAUCCAACACCCUUCUCUAAAUGUGACCCUGGUCCUGCCCACGGACAGCCUGGAGCAAGGUCCGGACAGCACCGUGGCACCCACUACUGCCAUUGCAGUGGGAGUACUGGUCCCCUUGACUUCCCUCCUCCUUCUCACCUGUCUCCUCUGCCACUGCCUCAGGCACUCACGUGACCCAGAGAGAAACCCAGCCUGGCCAUGCUGGGAUAUGCCUAGCCUGUACACCCUGACUUUUGAUAAGCAUUUUGGACAAAAAGAAGCAGUGGAGGAAAUACAAUACAUGUCUUCCAUGGGCAUUAUGCCCAUAGGUCCAAGCUAA